UAUAUAACUGAGCGGAGAGCGUUUGUGGGAGAAAAUGAACCCACGACCUUAGCAGAUUGCUGCGCAGCGCGCAUGAGAAUUUUGAGCUUGUUAUUGAAUUUAAUUGAUUACUCUUGUUCAUUAAAGCCAAAAUCCAUAGGUAAUAAAAAUGUCGAAUAGAAGGGGUUCUGAUAAUCCCCCGCCGCAGAGGCGGAUUAUGCGGACUCAGACAGCUGGUAAUCUCGGGGAGUCCAUGUUGGACAGUGAGGUGGUGCCUUCUUCACUAGUUGAGAUUGCUCCGAUUCUCCGAGUUGCUAAUCAAGUUGAGAGCUCCAAUCUUAGAGUUGCUUAUCUCUGUCGGUUUUAUGCCUUUGAGAAAGCUCACAGAUUAGAUCCAACAUCUAGUGGUCGUGGUGUUCGCCAAUUCAAAACUGCUCUCUUACAGCGUCUCGAAAGGGAAAAUGAACUUACAAUGCAAGGGAGGUCAAUGAGUGAUGCUAGGGAGAUGCAGAAAUUUUAUCGAGAUUACUACCAAAAGUAUAUUCAAGCCUUGCAGCAUGCAGCUGAUAAAGCCGAUCGUGCCCAACUUACAAAAGCAUAUCAAACUGCUGCUGUCCUAUUUGAGGUUUUGAAAGCUGUCAACCAAACAGAAGCUGUGCCCGAUGAGAUUCUGGAAGCUCACACGAAGGUUGAGGAGAAGACGAAGAUAUAUGUACCUUACAAUAUCCUUCCUCUUGAUCCCGACAGUCAGAAUCAGGCUAUUAUGAGAUAUCCUGAGAUUCAAGCUGCAGUUUCUGCGCUCAGAAACACUCGUGGCUUACCGUGGCGAAAAGGCUACAAGAAAAAGGUUAAUGAAGACAUUCUAGAUUGGCUUCAGUCUAUGUUCGGUUUUCAGAAGGAUAAUGUGGCAAAUCAAAGGGAACAUUUGAUUCUGUUGCUUGCAAAUGUGCAUAUCCGACAAUUUCCCAAGACUGAUCAGCAACCAAAGUUGGACGACCGUGCUCUAACAGAUGUUAUGAAGAAACUGUUUAAGAAUUACAAAAAAUGGUGCAAAUAUUUGGGGCGCAAAAGCAGCCUUUGGUUGCCUACCAUUCAACAGGAAGUGCAGCAAAGAAAAUUACUUUACAUGGGUCUUUAUCUUCUUAUUUGGGGAGAAGCAGCAAAUUUGAGAUUCAUGCCAGAAUGCCUUUGCUAUAUAUAUCAUCAUAUGGCAUUUGAAUUGUAUGGGAUGUUGGCUGGGAGUGUCAGUCCAAUGACCGGUGAGCACAUAAAACCAGCAUACGGAGGUGAAGAUGAGGCUUUCUUAAGGAAAGUGGUUAAACCAAUAUAUGAUAUAAUAGCAGAGGAAGCCGGACGGGGUAAAGGAGGAAAGUCAAAACAUUCGCAAUGGAGAAACUAUGAUGAUUUAAAUGAGUACUUUUGGUCGGUUGAUUGUUUUCGCUUAGGUUGGCCCAUGCGUGCCGAUGCUGAUUUUUUCUGCCCAACGAUAGAAGAGUUUCAGCUUGAUAAAGAUGAGGAGAAGAGGCGAGUUAUUGUGGAUCGAUGGAUUGGCAAAGUUAAUUUUGUAGAAAUACGAUCAUUUUGGCAUAUUUUCAGAAGUUUCGACAGAAUGUGGAGCUUUUUCAUCUUGUGUUUACAGGCAAUGAUCAUCAUUGCUUGGCAUGGAUCAGGGGAACUGAGUUCCAUAUUUGAAGGGGAUGUGUUCAAGAAAGUUCUAAGCAUUUUCAUUACUUCUGCUAUACUAAACUUUUUUCAAGCUUCGAUCGACAUAAUUUUAAGCUGGAAGGCUAGGAAGACCAUGCCAUUUUAUGUUAAACUAAGAUAUAUCUUAAAGGUUUUAUCAGCUGCAGCAUGGGUCAUAAUUCUACCAGUAACUUAUGCUUUUAGUUGGAAAAAUCCUUCAGGUUUUGGACAAACUAUCAAGAAAUGGUUUGGAAAUAGUAUAAAUUCCCCUUCUCUAUUCAUUUUGGCCAUUCUCAUUUACUUGUCACCAAAUAUGCUCUCUGCAUUGUUAUUUCUUUUCCCAAUUGUUCGUCGGCUUCUUGAGCGAUCAAACUACAAAAUAGUGAUGCUCAUGAUGUGGUGGUCUCAGCCUCGUCUUUAUGUUGGAAGAGGAAUGCACGAAAGCUCCACUGCACUUUUUAAGUACACCAUGUUUUGGGUUCUCCUAAUUGUGUCAAAAUUGGCAUUCAGUUAUUAUGCAGAGAUUAAGCCUCUCGUGGGUCCAACAAAAGCUAUCAAGAACGUUCGUCUACACAACUAUGAGUGGCAUGAAUUCUUUCCUCAAGCCAAGAACAAUAUUGGUGUUGUGAUUACAUUAUGGGCUCCCAUUGUCCUUGUCUAUUUUAUGGAUACUCAGAUUUGGUAUGCUAUUUAUUCAACCAUAUAUGGAGGUAUAUAUGGUGCAUUUCGCCGUCUUGGUGAGAUACGAACAUUAGGAAUGUUGAGGUCUCGAUUCCAAUCAUUACCUGGGGCCUUUAAUGCAUGCUUGAUUCCAGUGGAAAAUAGCGAGAAGGCCAAGAGAAAAGGACUGAAAGCCACUUUUUCCCGGAAAUUCAAUGAGAUUACAUCCGACAAAGAGAAAGAGGAAGCAAGAUUUGCACAGAUGUGGAAUAAAAUAAUCACUAGCUUCAGGGACGAGGAUUUGAUAAAUAACAGGGAAAUGGACUUGAUGCUUGUUCCAUAUUGGACUGAUGAUGAUUUGGACCUCAUUCAAUGGCCUCCCUUUUUGCUAGCUAGCAAGAUCCCAAUAGCACUGGAUAUGGCGAAAGACAGCAAUGGAAGAGACCGUGAACUUAAAAAGAGGCUGGCUUCAGACAAUUACAUGCAUUGUGCAGUUCGUGAAUGUUAUGCUUCAUUCAAAAGCAUCAUUAAAUUUCUGGUAUUAGGAGAAAGGGAAAAAUUAGUUAUGGAUGAUAUUUUCUUCCGAAUUGAUGAGUACAUACAAAAGGACACCCUCAUAGGGGAAUUGAAUAUGAGUGCUCUCCCAAUUCUCUACGAUCAAUUUGUGAAUCUUAUCGAAUAUCUGUUAGAAAAUAAGAAAGAGGAUAAGGAUAAAGUAGUCAUUCUGUUGCUCGACAUGCUAGAGGUGGUGACGAGAGAUAUAAUGGACGAUGAGUUUCCAAGUUUACUCGAGUCAAGUCAUGGUGGAUCUUAUGGGAAACAUGAGGAAAUGACACUUAAUCGGCAGUAUCAGUUUUUCGGCAUGCUAAAGUAUCCAGUACCAGAGACCGAAGCUUGGAAAGAAAAAAUCAGAAGGCUUCAUCUAUUGCUCACUGUGAAAGAGUCGGCUAUGGAUGUUCCGUCCAACUUGCAAGCUAGGAGGAGAAUUUCUUUUUUCUCCAAUUCAUUGUUCAUGGACAUGCCUACUGCACCCAAAGUUCGAAACAUGCUUUCAUUUACUGUACUAACUCCUUACUACGAUGAAGAGGUUUUGUACUCCAUUAACCUCCUGGAGAAGCCAAAUGAAGAUGGUGUUUCUAUCCUUUUUUACUUGCAAAAAAUCUUUCCAGAUGAAUGGACAAACUUCCUUGAGCGAGUUGGAUGCAGUAGUGAGGAAGAACUCAGAGCAUCUGAUGAACUAGAAGAGGAACUUCGCUUAUGGGCAUCAUACAGAGGCCAAACACUGACCAAAACCGUACGAGGUAUGAUGUAUUACCGGAAAGCCUUAGAACUUCAGGCAUUUCUUGAUAUGGCAACAAAACAAGAAUUGAUGAAGGGCUACAAAGCUGCUGAAUCAAGUAGUGAAGAACAGUCAAAGAGUGAAAGGUCACUCUGGGCACAAUGUCAGGCAGUCGCUGAUAUGAAAUUCGCUUAUGUUGUCUCAUGUCAGCGAUAUGGAAUUCAUAAGCGAUCAGCUGACCCACGUGCUAAAGACAUUUUGAGACUUAUGACAAUCUAUCCAUCCCUUCGCGUAGCAUACAUUGACGAGGUCGAAGAAACUAGUAAAGAUAAAUCUAAGAAGACAGUUGAGAAGGUUUAUUAUUCAGCUCUUGUCAAAGCAGGACCUCCAACCAAGCUGAUUGAUUCUUCUCAGUCAGUUCAAAAUCUAGACCAGGUAAUAUAUAGGAUUAAGCUUCCAGGACCUGCAAUGUUAGGUGAGGGAAAGCCGGAAAAUCAAAAUCAUGCCAUUAUUUUUACACGGGGAGAGGGUUUGCAAACAAUUGAUAUGAAUCAGGAUAACUAUAUGGAAGAAGCCUUCAAAAUGCGGAACGUGCUCCAAGAAUUUCUUCAUAAGCAUGAUGGUGUCCGAUUUCCAACGAUACUUGGGUUGAGGGAGCAUAUAUUCACUGGCAGUGUUUCGUCUCUUGCAUGGUUUAUGUCGAAUCAAGAGACGAGUUUUGUUACGAUUGGGCAGAGAUUGUUGGCUAGUCCUUUGAAAGUGCGGUUCCACUAUGGUCAUCCAGAUGUGUUUGAUAGACUGUUUCAUCUGACUAGAGGAGGAGUUAGCAAAGCUUCAAAAGUUGUCAAUUUAAGCGAGGACAUAUUUGCAGGUUUUAAUUCUACGUUGCGGGAAGGAAAUGUUACUCAUCAUGAAUACAUUCAAGUUGGUAAAGGAAGGGAUGUGGGUCUUAAUCAGAUUUCUAUGUUUGAGGCAAAGAUAGCUAAUGGAAACGGUGAACAAACAUUAAGUCGCGACAUUUAUAGGCUUGGGCAUCGAUUUGAUUUUUUCCGCAUGCUUUCAUGUUAUUUCACUACUAUUGGUUUCUACUUCAGUACCUUGUUAACCGUUCUCACAGUGUAUGUAUUUCUUUACGGGCGCCUGUAUCUUGCUCUUAGUGGGCUUGAAAAAGGGCUGAAUACAGAGCGAGCUAUCAGAGACAACAAAUCUCUUCAAGUAGCACUGGCUUCUCAAUCUAUCGUACAAAUUGGUUUGCUUAUGGCAUUGCCAAUGAUGAUGGAAAUUGGCCUUGAAAGGGGAUUUCGCAAGGCAUUAAGUGAUUUCAUAUUGAUGCAACUACAAUUAGCCCCCGUAUUUUUUACGUUUUCUCUUGGAACAAAAACACAUUAUUAUGGUAGGACAUUGCUUCAUGGAGGGGCACAAUAUAGAGGUACUGGCCGUGGUUUCGUAGUGUUCCAUGCCAAGUUUGCUGAUAACUACAGGCUGUAUUCCCGCAGCCAUUUUGUUAAAGGAAUUGAGCUGCUGAUUCUGCUUGUUGUAUAUCAUAUUUUGGGGCAGUCAUAUCGAGGUGUAGUUUCAUAUAUCUUGAUUACUGUAUCGAUGUGGUUCAUGGUCGGUACCUGGCUAUUCGCUCCAUUCCUCUUCAAUCCAUCAGGAUUCGAGUGGCAAAAGAUUGUGGAUGACUGGACAGAUUGGAAUAAAUGGAUAAACAACCGCGGAGGUAUUGGUGUACCUCCGGAAAAGAGUUGGGAAUCCUGGUGGGAAAAAGAGCAGAAGCAUCUUCGAUACUCUGGGAAGCGGGGAAUUAUUAUGGAGAUAUUUCUGGCAUUGCGCUUUUUCAUCUUUCAAUUUGGCCUUGUAUAUCAUCUCAGCUUUAUCAAAACCAAGAGUUUUCUGGUUUACGGUGUUUCAUGGGCUGUGAUCAUUCUAAUAUUAUUAUUGAUGAAGGCUAUGUCUGUCGGAAGGAGAAGGCUCAGCGCCAACUUUCAGCUGUUAUUUCGACUGAUCAAGGGUCUAAUUUUUAUAACGUUUCUGACCAUUUUUAUCACACUGAUAGCACUUCCGCAUAUGAGUUUUAAAGAUGUUGUUGUCUGCAUUCUCGCAUUCAUGCCCACCGGGUGGGGACUGCUCCUGAUUGCACAAGCCUGUAAACCAUUGAUACAACGUGCUGGGUUUUGGGGAUCGGUGAGGACGCUUGCUCGAGGUUAUGAAAUAAUAAUGGGGUUGCUUUUAUUCACACCGGUUGCAUUCUUGGCUUGGUUUCCAUUUGUUUCCGAGUUCCAAACACGUAUGCUAUUCAACCAAGCAUUUAGCAGAGGUCUACAGAUUUCGCGUAUUCUUGGUGGGCAGCGAAAAGACCGAUCCUCAAAAAACAAAGAGUAGUUCACUGUACUUGUUACCAUACAAAAGAAAUUAAGUAGGCUGUGCAUACAUAAACAUAUAUAUGUUGUGGAUAUUUAUAUGGUGUACAAUAGAAAUGGCUGUAAAAAUUUGCAAGUUGUUUUGCUAGUUAGAAUAUUAUAAAGCAAAAGGAUUAUGUGCCGUAUAAUAUUAAUUCAUAAGACCUUGUAGU